AUGGGCAACUCCAGUUCAUCCUCUCGGCCUCACGAUGAGAGUGUCGAUUUUGGCCAACUAGUACCCCAGGGCGUGUAUACGGGCCCUCGAGACUGGAAUCAGUCAAUAACUGCCCAACUUAUCAUCGCACGGAGACUCGCCCCGUUUUACCGACCCCUUGAAGACUACGAGGAGUCUUGGGAUGACGACCAAAUCCUCGCCGCAAGAAAGGCGCUCUCUGACUCGGAAACCGAACAACUGCCACCACCCCCACCCCCAACCAACAAGAAGCGAUCUGGGUCACUGAAGGAACCAAGUCGGCCAGAAGCUGCAGUCUACAGGCACGCGGUAGAAUGUCCUAUUUGUUUUCUUUAUUAUCCACCCAAUAUCAACCACUCCCGCUGCUGUGACCAAGCUAUCUGCACUGAAUGUUUCGUCCAGAUCAAGCGAAAUGAGCCCACUGCCACUCAUUUGGUCUCCGAGCCUGCAGCUUGUCCUUAUUGUGUUCAGGAGAACUUUGGUGUUGUCUAUACCCCUCCGCCAUGGAGAGCCGGAAUCGCCAGUGAAGGGGGUGGCUCUCCGUGGUCAGACUCACCCAGAGGCUCGUCUCCCUCGAUCGACACCCCAUAUCCGACACACAAACGACGACAGAAGAGCUUUGGCGCAGAUAGCGCUGAAGUUGUUUUGACUGAUCACAUCCGCCCUGACUGGGAAGCUAAGCUUGCUGCUGUUCGUGCUGCAGUUCAACGACGGGCAAAUCGAAGAAUCAUCAUGCGUCAAGUUGGAGAUAGACUCAUACCUGUUGGGGUCACAAGUGGUCGGGUUCAUGCUCUCACUCCAGAGGAAGCUGCCCAAGCGGAAGCUGCCUCGACAGAGGGAAGCGGAAGUAGACGGUCCCGUCGCAGACAACAACAACCACAAAACGGAAACUUCGAGCAGUUCAUGGGAAUGGGCGGGGCAGAGUUGGAAGAGCUAAUGAUCAUGGAAGCGAUGCGGUUGUCUCUCAUUGAGCACGAGGAACAACAACGGAAAGAGGCAGAGCAAAAGAAGAAGGCAGAAACCGCUGUCGCCAACAACGAUUCGGGUGCAUCGACUUCGUCAGUGACUGCUUCCUCGUCUGCACCACAGCCAUCUCCUUCCACACUCUCUGUUAGUCAGCCCACAUCGUCAAGAAGUCGAUCUCCUUCGCCAAACCCUCUUCAGGUUCUCAAAGACACCGCCAGUGGUUGGCGACGAAGGACUUCUAGCCCACCGCCUGUCACGCUUAGUGCAGCUCUAAGCGCAGUUUCUACGGCGUCUGCGGUGCUUAAUAGCACAGAAAUCGAGACAUCCAACUCAACUCCUGCCACACCUACAAUUAUUGAAAGGAACACAAUUGAGUCAGAGCAAACGACUGCGCCAAUCACGAAUCCGAUUGUACCAGUAUCGAGUCCCACAAUCACUGACACAUCAGACGCUGCAACGGCCCUAGAACCUCAACCAACCAUUGCACCGUAUUCUGAGUCAGUUCCUGUAAUCGAAAUCCCCGAUAGACCCGUCCCAAGUCACCAAGAUUCAAUGCUUUCAGCAAUUUCGAUGGCUUCAUCCACUGGCGAAACGUAUGAUAACUUGCCAUCUUCUCCGGAAUCAGACUCGUCUGUCGAUCGAGAGCCUCUGCUAACCCCACCAGCAGCUGCCACGCCGAAGAACGUAUUGACGAAUGCACCUAUAACAGCGGAGGGUUAUUUUGGUGAUGCAUCGGCCGCGGCGGAAUAA